AUGCAGAAUCAUGAUUAUGAUCGUUAUAUGGCAUCGAAUGAUAAUCACUCAUGGACACUCGUAAAAUAUACGAAAUUACAUGGAAUGCGCUAUGAUGUUGCUGGAACUACAGGCGAUUUGCGUGUCACCAUCAAUGCUCAACGUCGAAUUCUAACGAUCACUAUCGGAAGUUCGAAUUUAGAGCAGUUCUCGUUGAACAUCAAUCCACCACCAACUGUGAAAAGCAAAGGGACUGAAGUGUUUUUUCACGUGAUGUCUCAGAGUUCAUCAGUGACUCUAGCAAGAUUCCGAUUGAAAUUUCUCUCAGAAGCUGACCAUUCCAGUUUCGUGUCGAUCAUCUCUUGCUACUUCUUUGUACAUAAAAUAGCCGUACAGUCGCCUAUGCCGCAGCCGUGUGCAGGAAAUGCGACUGUGCCCGAACGAUCUUCAAUCUUGCCCGAACGAUCGUCAAAUUCUCCAGUUGCAAUGGUGCCACCACCACGUUCAAUGUUCUCUCCAUAUGUCGUUGAAAAACAAGGACAACAACAGCAACAGACUCAACAAUCUCAGUUCCAGGCUCAGUUGUCUUCUCCAUCUUCCGAUGGGAAUCUAGAAUAUAACCGUAAGAGACGAAAUUUUCAGCAGUCAUCUUACAGUCAACCAACGAAAUUAUUUUGUGAGGAUACGACGACUCAUAACACUUCACUAGAAUCCAACAGUGCCUAUUCAUCACAAGAGUCAUCGUUGAAUACAUCGUCAUCUCAGCCGAGCUUACAACAUCCAGCCAUACGACGUUGUAUCAUUUAUGAUCGAGUUUUUAAUAAGUCCACGAAUACUAAAGAGAAAUCUCGUACGCAAUCACAGCCCAUCAAAUCGACUUUGACGACUUUGCAAAAUUCAUCUGCAGCGAUAUCAACGUCCAGAAGUAAUGAUUCGGAUCGAGUGGUACCUGAUAUCGCUGAAUUUAACUCGGCGAAAGAAACAUCCGGAAUAACAACAGUUAACAAUACGUCAAGCAUUUUGAGUGAUCCGAUGCAAUAUCAGUUUUGCGAGAGUGGAACUUUCUGCAGGGAUGCGAGUACUCAAACUGAGAAGUUCGUCACAAUAAGUGACUUAACAAAAGAUCCAACGUUGAUAGGCAAAGAAUUAUCGGCACGACAAAAUAAUCGUGAAUUUUUCGAAUUGGAACGAAGA